GUUCCAGCGGACGUGGCUCGCUCUAUGGGGGCCAAGGUUGUGAUUGCAAUCGAUGUUGGAAGUCGGGAUGAAACCAACUUAACCAACUAUGGCGACUCUCUGAACGGCUGGUGGCUGCUAUGGAAACGCUUCAACCCUCUGUCUGAGAAAGUCAAGGUCCUGAACAUGGCAGAGAUCCAAACCCGGCUAGCAUACGUGUGCUGUGUGCAGCAGCUGGAGCAGGUCAAAGACAGCGAGUACUGCGAGUACAUCCGGCCACCCAUCGACCACUACGGCACACUGGAGUUCGGCAAGUUUGACGAGAUCGCUGAGGUGGGGUACCAGCACGGAAAGACAUUGUUCGACGUGUGGCAACGCAGUGGUGUGGUGGACAGCAUGCUGAAGGACAGACAUCAGGAGGAGUUCCACAAGACAAAAACUGGCCAUGUGGUCACGUGUCCCAACGCGUCCUUCACAGACCUGGCAGAGAUAGUGUCAAGAAUCGAACCUGUCAAGAAUCCAGUGAUCGAUGAGGAGCUGUCUGAUGAUUGCCAGACGGACUACGAUGAGGAGGCAGUGGAGAGCGCGCUCUCCGACUACGAAGCCUUCACUCAGGGCAGUGAACACACCGAAGAAGAGGAGACAGCAGACACUGCUGAAACUGAUGAGGAAGUUCAAAUCCGAGUUCAACGCCGGCCCAAAAAUGCUGCACUAAGUCCUACACCAUGACUCCAAAAAACAUGCAUGUAAAGGCAGUAUUUCUGGUAACCGAUAAGGAAUUCUCAAACAUGCAGCUUAUACUCUUAUCCAAUCAGCAGCCAGGUAGCUCAAGUCUUCCACACACUCAGCAGGACUGUAGUUGGAUACAGCGAGUUCUUGUUCAGAGCUUUCAGCAAAAGAAGGGAGUUUUAAGACAGGGAGGAGCCACAGUGUGUCGCUGUCUCCUGCACAGACUUCAGUGCUCAAACAGUUCAGUUAGAACCAGGGUUUAUUGGAGAAAUCAAAAGCACAUAUUUUUACAAACUGGUUUAUUAACAGCACGGUGUAUUUUUCUACUUGUUUGACACAUUGGUUGUUUUGUAUGGCAGUUCCUUGCUCUGUUGUUCUGGGGAAAUAGGAAACAAAUACAUACAAGCAAUUCAAGCACACUUAAAAUGGACUGGAACAUUUUAAUUUAAUAUGUAUAGUAUAUACAGGGCCAUUUCUGCCACAAAUCUAGGCAUAGUUGCUUCCUACCAUAAUAAGCUUAACCCAUAAAGCACUAUUGUGCAUUUCAUGAUGUAUACAUUUAAGUUAAAACAGUUAAUAUGCAUUUGAUGUGCCUUGAAUGAACGCCCCUUUCGUCUUCUCUUCAGAGCAUAAACACACCACAUGGUGACCACGUUUCAUCCCAACAAGAAUAGCAUACAGUACAAUACACUUUUUCACCUAUGAGAAAUAACUUGCAUUGGAUAAAUAUCAUGUAUGAAUUUCUUACAGCGUUCCUCAGCAGCACUGCCAUGCAGGGGAGGCAGACUUUAUUUAAACAAAUAUUUGUGGAUGUACGCUACUGUUCGACAAUGCACAAAAGACAUGGUGGAGCUGCCCGCUGAUGGCACAAAUUCAAAGGCAAUAAACCACUUUAGUAAAAAAGAAGAAAAGUAUUUAAUUGUUGGGAAACAUUUGCCGUUGCCUUCCAUAAAAACCUGCUGAUUUGAAGGACAUUGCCUCGCAGUUUGACACCAUGUGGCUUGAUUUUUUGUUUAUGUUUUUUUCUUAACAGUAAAAAUGAUUAGACUAUAACAGUUAGUAUAGAUACGUAUACAUAGUGUUCAAGAAGUACGUUUGCAAUUGAAACACAGAAUUGGACGUAAUCCAAUAAAACAGGUGUAACACAAUUCAUAAAAAAUGGGCUAAUAUUAGCAUAACUAAUUUGGGUGCAAAAUGAAUAAUGUUAUUCAUUUCCCAUGUUUGCUCUUUUUUGAAACCCUUGGUUAUGCUGAGUCUCAAUGGGAAGUCCCGGUUUAACAAAGGUUAAAUAGGUAAAAUACAAAAAUGACAGCUGUUCUGUUAAACAUGACAUCAAAACACGUUUCUGUGAGCACAAACUUGACCCCAGAGGAAAUCUACAAAGGGCAGACUCAGCCAGCGGUGCGUUCACAGGCUCUUCUCAUGGUCCCUUUACUGAGUUGGGAAGUCACUUUUAUUUGUGAUAUGGAAACAAUGUGUUGUUUUGCUCGGUGUUUAAACACAAGGUGAUAUCUGUUUGCAAGUUAUUGUUCCAACUCGAGCGGGCCUUCAUAAGAACUGUUCUAUUAGGGAAGUAUUAUGUCCGAUUAUUACGACAACACAUGAAUGCAGCUCAAAUGCUCUAUCUCGCAAUGUGAAUGAAAGUUAAACAGUAUUUUUGUAUCCGUUCAUCCUUGGCCUAUGCCUCUCACUUCCAUUAGGUCUGAUAAAAAUAGGGCCAGUAGUUUUCUGUGAUCCUGCUGACUGACAGACAGUUAUUGCGUCAAUCAUAGUUUUCAUGAACAUGAAUAGACGUGUACCCAGCCAGUUUGCACAGCAUAGUGUAUUUACUGUUGUUACACCAAGUAUUGUUGUUGAAUUUGGAUAAAGUUAUUCAUUCAACCCGAGGACAGAUCACUGGUCUCACCCUUACGACUAAACAUGUGUUGGUACAGCCUUGCAAGCCUGGUGCCUGGAAUGUGAAACUUUAUAAUAGAGUUAUAUUGAUAGAAGAUGAUCAUCAUUGUAAGGGUGAUUAUGACAGGACAUCCUGACACUGGUACUAACCCACUACACCAUUUAAUGUAACAUUACACUUUUUAUAGCUGCUUUUUCAUCACCGUGGUUACAGCUCCUGUGGUUUUGAUUUGUGAUUUUAAUAUUGAUGACCUGAAGGGAAAAGUGCCAAGCGUAUAGUGACUUCUGAAGUACUCUAAAGACCAUCUCUGUUUAUGUUAAUGAUUUGUAUGUUAUCAUUAACAGAAAACAUAAAUGUAAGAACAUUUUAUGUUAGACAUUGGCUUUGAAAAACUGUUGGUUUUCUUUCAGUUUUUGUUACUUAUUUUUGGUGAAAUAGUUGCAUAGAAUAUUGUAGAAAGCUUUAGAAUAUUUAAUUAUACAUGUUUAGUGAAUAACCUGCUUGUUUAAAUAAAAACAAAUGCACUAUUUGAUAGAAUCUUAAAGCCAAAGUUGUGGAAAAACUGAACAGCAAAGUACAGACGAUGAGUUCUUCUUUGGAAUCUGAAAUGAAACUGUAACCAUUUUUCCCCUGGGAUAAUAAAGUCUUUCUGAUUCUGAUGUCGCCAUGAAAACUAAAACAUUUUCUGAAUGACUAACACAGUGUUUAGGUUCUAUACAUGUUAGAUCAGAGUAUGUUUUUAAGCUAUGUGACUUAAUGAUUUGACUUUGAUGUGUGUCUUGUCUUUUUGUAUGUGAUAUGGACCUUGAGUCUGAAAUAAAGAUUGAAUUAAUGAUGAAAAAA